GUAUAUUUUGACGCUAGAAAACAAAGUGUUAGGACGAAGUCGAAGAUAAGAGCCAUGAAACCUCAUCAUCAUCUAUAGGCUCAAAAAAACUGGUGGCUGUGGUGCCGCUGCUACUAACUGCAGAGAGAGAGAGAGUUUGUGUGUUUGUCUAAUGGUUUUUCACAGAUGAGUUCAAUAUCCCAAAGUGUGUUGAUGGCACUGACCGUUACAUUCAACAAGUUUGCUUCGUCAAAUGUUAAUGCAGUUCAUAAAAAAGAAAGUAAAAGAGCAGCUGCAGCAACAACAGCUAAAGCAGCAAGCAGGGCAGCUGACAUUGGAAGAAGAGGAGUCCUCUUAUCCACCGUGGUUGGUGUAUAUUCAGUCAAUGACUCAAGGAUUGAACUUCUUAAAAAAUAUUUGAAGAAAUCAGAGGAUAACAAGACCAAAAAUGACAAGGAGAGAAUGGAUAGCUAUUACAAGCGGAACUACAAGGAUUAUUUUGACUUUGUGGAAGGAUCUUUGAAAGGGAAGAAUGAGCAGGACCUUACUGAAUCAGAGAAGGGUAUUCUUGAUUGGCUAAAGAAAAAUAAAUAAACAACAUGUAAUAGAUUUUCCCUCAAGAUGUUGUCUGUGGAACUUACUCGCAUCUUGCUUUCUCCCUUCCCUUUUCCUCUUUCUUUUCUUUUUUUUCUUGUGAGGCAAUGCACUAAAUUUGAAGUACAAUCACCAUGGUUUUACACUCUA